GAUCAAAGUCACUUGACUACAAAAAAAGUUAUUCAACAGAAGAGAAAAGUCUACUAAAGCUAGCUACCCGUACCCAUAGGUACAUACCCGUGUUCAGCUCAAGCUAGUACCUUCUAGAGCUCACUGAUGAUGGCGCAGGCUCUGUCUGAAGAAGAGCUUGCAUCACACUCUGAAGUCCUCAGAGAGAGGUUUCUGGAGCAUCAUGCAGAUGAUGAAGAGAUGGACUCACGAGACAUUGAGAUGGUUCGCAGUGACCCACUCUAUGUGCCACGCUUUGUAGCUCACAACAAAGGCAACCUGGACAAUGCAUACAAGCAUAUGGUUGACUGUCAGAAGUGGAGGAAAUCGUUUGGUAUUAAUGAUAUUCUAUGGACGGAUAUUGAUGAGAGUCUAUGGAAGUCGGGCAUGGCCUGGAAUAGGGGAUACGACAAUGAUGGAAACAAUGUCUGUAUUCUAAACAUCCACAUUCAUCGCAAGGACUCUAAGAAAGCUCCCAUGCUGCUCAAGUGGAUCGCCUUCUCCUUUGAAAUGCAUAGAAAAGUGUAUCCCAAGAACAAGAUGUGUAUGGUGUUCGACAUGAAUGGAGCCGGCCUUGCUCAGAUGGAUAUGGACCUCGUCAGAUUUAUAGUCAAUGCUUUCAAGAUCUACUACCCCAACCUCCUCUCAUGGUUGCUUAUCUACAAUAUGCCCUGGGUCCUACAAGCUGCCUGGAAGAUAGUGCAGGGCUGGCUGGGUGAGGGCGCCAUUGCCAAAGUCAAGUUUGUAACCAAGGAAACCAUGUGUGAGUAUAUUCCUAAGGAUCAGCUGCUGGUCAAGUUUGGAGGAGAGGACACGUGGGAGUUUGACUACCAGGUGGAGAGGGAUCGUAUGUUUGAGCUGGCCAUGUCCACCAUAAUGCCAGAGGCAGGUGCUGAGGACGAGGACGAGGGAGAGGAGUCACUCAUCAGUGAGACUGCUGACAGGGCCAGACAGGUACGGUUCUCAUCUGGGCUCCCACCCACCCGUCAGAGCCGCUUUGGUCCUGAUGAUGGUGAGGAGAGGCGUCCUGUCAGCCCGGACCAACGACUACUACAGGGGGGAUCUGGCCGGGGGUUCAGACGAAGACAAGUAUCUCGUCUCAUGAGUCUACAGGAUGGCAAGAGAUCCAACAGCAUGGACGAAGGUGCCGAGUCAGCAUCACUAAACGGACGUUUGUCUGCUAGGAGACACUCGGCUGAUCCAAGAAAUGGGGGCGUGGCAACCAUGGGUGAUGUCAUGUUGAGUCCUUCAACUGAGCUGACAUUUAUUGGCAAGAAAGACUCGGAGGUCACGUGUACUCUCACCCUCACCAACAUCUCGGACAACUCUGUGCUCUACAAGAUCAAAACGACUGCUCCUACUCGCUACAAAGUACGUCCUAAUGUGGCGCUAGUGGAUGGCAGGAGUGUGGCCAAAGUGCAGGUCUUGUUCUCACCAGGUGCUGGCAAGACGAGUGUGUCCCAGGACAAGUUCCUCGUACAGACGUACACGUUCUCCCCUGAGGCUAGUCUGCCAGACAUGGAGAGACUCAUAGAGUUCUGGAGAGCACUGCCUAGCAAAGACAUCAGAGAGCACAGAAUGCACUGUCGCUGGUUGUCAGAUAUUCCCCCCAAACCAGCCCUCAAGGAGUCGUCUGCCUCCUCUGCAGCUGCUAAGGUCACAAACUUACAGAGCCCUCAAACAACGACACCAGCUACCCCACUCAGAACAUUGGAGCUGAAGCUUGAGGCGUGGAGUGAGGAUGCUGGAGAAGGGGCCCAGGUGACAGUGGAAGAAGUUCGUCAGCAGAAUGCUAAAGUGUUGCAGCUCAUUGAUAUAGCCAAGCUGCUUCCUCCUCUCAAAGAAAAAGGAAUACUCACCGAAGAAAUCAUUAAGAAAGUAUCUGAUGCGAAACAUCAUACUCAGUUUGAGAGGUCUAACUUUCUGUUGAGCUUUCUCUACCAAAAAGGACAAGUUGCCAUCGAUGGCUUCAUAGCUUCACUGCGUGAGGCAGAGACUCCCAAUCAUGCUGAGAUAUUACGUCUAUUGGAAGGAGAGUUAGUGGACAGUCAGCUGCAGUCGCCACUCUUCACCAUACUAGAGGGUCAGCUCUCAUCCAUCAUCCGUAGCAUCAACCUUGUCUCUUUGCUCAAGUCCCUGCUAACACUACAGGCUAUACCACUGAGCACUUUCCUCGACCUACAGAACAAUGAUCGCACUCUCAAGGAAACACUGGAGAGACUGUUCCCUAUGCUGGAGAUGCACGGCACACGCGGCUUCAUCAGCUUCUUGUCAGCUCUGCAGAAAGACCUUCCAAAUCCAGGCCAUGAGAAGCUGUCUGAAAUAUUGUUUGCAGAAGUGAAGAAGUUCUUUAAGGAGCAUCCUCAGAGGGACCUCAUCAGUCAGAGUGACCGUAUCGAGAUCCUGCAACUGGAGAGGAGAGAUAAAGUGAUUGGUCAAGAGGUUCACCAGCGCAUCUUGAGGCACCGCGACACUCUAGUGGAUCAGAUCAAUGUACCAGCAUUACUACCCUCGCUGCUCAAACAUCAGGUGAUCACCAAACAGGAUGCAGACUACCUGAGCCAGACGGAGACCCAGACGGAGAGUCUGCUGGACCUACUACUGGAUAAGGAGCUCAGCUUCAUGGUCAAGUUCGCUGAGUCUCUUAAAGAAUCCCCCGUCAAUAGAGAAGCUGGAGAACUGUUAUUAGCAUCCCCUCAGGGUUCGAUGGUAAUGAAGAAGCCAGUUCAGUCAGGGGGAGGAAAACAUGAGAAGGUGGCUGUGUUUGUGAGUGCGGACUACUACCUCUCGAGGAACGGACUGCCCACCAGUCUGGAGCCGAUGCAGUUCGACCAGCCAGUGAAGGAGCACAGAGAGACGUUGAAGAGACAGCUGGCCAGUAAAGAUUUCCACGUGAUCCACUUCGAUACAAAUAUUGACGAUGACCAGCUUCCGAGAGCUGCCAAGGAGGGUAAAGACAAGAGGGCAAAGGUCAUCACUGAGAGGUUUAUUUCUCAGGUGGCAAGCAAGUGUAUGGAUGAAGCGAUAGUGUUCCUGUUCCUCUCUGGCAUACAGUUCCCGAUAAAGACGGGGGGAAGCUCCCUAUACAGUGGAGCAGUGCUGAGAACAAAUGCAUCCAAAUUUGGGCGUUUAUCGUUGGACAGUAUCGAGUGCAGUGACCUGGUUGAGUGGGUACGGGAGAUGCCCGGGAGUCAUGUGACCAUCCUCAUCGACACUGACCCCUCCCACGCUGUAUCCUAUGAUAAGACACGUCAGGUCUCACAAGUGGAGAUUAUGGAGAGUCCGUGGCUGCCUCUGGUGUCGCCUGAGGCUAAUACCGUGGUGCUGUACCUUCAGCCAGACCCAGCAGCCAUAGCUGAUAGCAGAGGACCGAAGGGGAGAGGAAUAGGAUCACCACUGGGGUUGCUCACUGAGACCGUUACCAAGGCAAUCGUCUCGUGUGUGCUCAAGAACAAAGAAGAGUUGGUGAGUCAUCGUUCCCUCUAUGAGGCUGUGUCCUUCUAUUGGCACUCUAGUGGGAAUGGUCGUCUUCACCCUCUCUUCAUACCCGCCAUGGCGGGGGCCAUGGAUCGCUGCUUCCUGGACAAGACCUCCCUACCUAACCAGCAAGCCUUCAGAGCUGACCUCACAAGGACUACCUCCGGAGAUGACAUGUUUGUCAAUAGUGUUAAGCUGACCACUGGUACGAUGGCCGGCCUUAUCCAAGGGGACCAGUUGGAGUUGUUUCAUGUUCUGCGGCCGAGGGUACGAGUGAGUGGGCGUGUCACAGAGUCCUUCCACCUACAUUGUGUGGGCGUGAUUGACGAGGGGGACUGGACACGCCUCCUGGACACACUCACAGAACUAUACAAGGGUGAGUUGUGUGGAGUGAGUAGAGGUCUGGAGUUCGUGCUGGCAAGGAAGAAGUUUCCCCUCCACCAGCGAUUGGCUGUGUAUCCACGGGAACUAGAGCGUGGGGACACCAACACUCUCAAGACGUAUAUCAAGGAGCGCUCUAAUCUCCUAGCCUACGUCCCCCAGGAGACCAACACAAAAAUUAAUGGGUGGGCAAGGAUUAUCAGUCGCACACCCUCAACUCACAAUCAAACGGAAAGCUUCUACGAUGGUUGGAAUCCAGCUUUGACUGCUAGCAGAUUAUUUUUAUGGAGUAUGUGUCUAUGUGUGUGUGUGUGCAGUGCUGCGGUAGUUGUGAGUUUUGUGGAGCAAGUGUAUCAUGUGAAGGAUGUGAGAGGAGACAUCAAAUAUCCCAUGAUGUCAUCAUCCAUGGAGAAGGUCAAGUCAAUGCUAGAGAUUAUUGCACGAUUCAAGUACGUCAAGGGUCUCAAGUCUCGACAGAGGUCACCCCACCUGUCACAUGACUGCUUCAUUACUGUGGCUCGGCCGCUAUUAUCGACAGCUGCACCAUUGUGUCGAGAAUUUGAGAUAUUCCGGAGUUCUUGUGUGGGCGUUCAUCUGUCGUCACUAGGUUACGAGGCUAUUCUAAAGUUCACUGACCCCCCUCAAUUCUGGACCCCCGCCAAGGCAGAUCGUACUCCCAGUUUGACUGUGCAAUUCAAACAGAAUAGAAUCAUUACUGCUGUAGAGUUGAGAGGUGACCCCACUCACUCCAAAUUUGUGAAAGAGGCAACUGUCACAUAUAGAAAGACCAUUCUAAAGAAAGUUGUUGACUGUUCAAAACCCAGCUUAGAUUUGGCCACAGAUGAAAUAGCCGGCUUCAUUGUGUUCCAGCUGAACACAGUUGACCCUGAGGCACAAUUCUCCAUCACCUUUAAACUGAAGGCCAAGAGACCCAAAUCAAAGAGUGGUUAUGUGGACCAGCUGUGGGUGAACAGACCCUGGCCGUUCAUUCCUGCAUGGUCACUGAAGCCUGGCAUUGCCAAGAAUGGCUGCCUCACGUUGGACACUCAUCAGCUCACCUGGAAUGGUGUAGGCGGAGGAGGGGAGAUGGCUCUUCACCUCGGCAUGGCAACUAGUCUCGAUAAAAUAGAGUUUAUCGCUCUCACAGGUGUGAAGGAGCUGGUUGUGUGUCUGGAGACACAGUUUCCCAUUCUUAAAACAGAUUCCUUCACUUCUUCGUAUCCGAGGAAGUAUGCGUUUCAGCGACCAAUUAUUGCGUCCAUGGUGACCAUCCAGCCUACUAAGUUUGGGGAAAACCCCUCCCCAACACCACCCCCUCCCAUGAUGUCUGAUGCUGGAGACACUAGAGUACAGUUACAGCUUCACGGGAACACACACGGAGAAGCCAUGGAUGUGGACGAAGGUGGUGUGAUCAAUGUCCAGUUCAAUGCUCUCUCAGACAAGCAGUUAUUCUUUUAUAUCCUCUGCUUGGAAGAAACAGGUGCCAUCAGUUUCUUGAACGAGGGAGAGGAAGAAGCCCCAGAAAUGUACCAACAAAUGGAUCUUGUGACAGUGUGCCCCCCGGCUAAGCUCCUACUAGGUACAGAGAUCCCUCAAGGUUAUAAGCCUGAGGCGGGGCAUAUACGGGAUGAGUACCGUGUGUGGGUGAGUCCCUCCAGGCUGUGUGUGGAGCCAUUCCUACAAACUGGUGUGCACAACUACCACCUGCCCAUUGCUUACAAUGUGUGCACUACUGGAUACAGGACUGGUGACGUGGUGGACGAGUGGUUCGACCAUCACUACACUGUGAGGGUCAGGAAAAGCUAGCAGUGGACGGACGUUACUCUGUAUUUAUGCUUAUGCUUAAUAUGGAAGUGUUUGGCAUUAUUCCAAUACUAA